AUGCCGCGCCCUAGCAAAAAAGCCGCGAAACCUCCUUCCGAGUCUGGCUCCGAAGAUGACCACGACGAACAUGACCUCUCCGAUAUCGAAGAGCCCCCCACCAUCGACCCUUACGAGGUCCUGAGUCUCGAGCGCGAUGCGACUGCUGAUCAUAUCAAGACCGCGUAUCGGAAGGCUGCUUUGAGGAAUCAUCCUGACAAAGUCCCCCCCUCCGAGAAAGACUCCGCCACCCAAAAAUUCCAAAAAAUCGCCCUCGCCUACGCAAUCCUCUCCUCCCCCACCCGGCGCCAACUCUACGACACAACAGGCUCAACCUCCGAAACCCUCUCUCAAGACGAUGACUUCAACUGGGCCGAAUACUACGCCUCCUGCUUCGCCGACUCCAUCUCCGAAGCCACCAUCGAGGCUUUCGCCAAGACCUACAAAAACUCUGACGAAGAACGAGCAGAUGUUUUGUCUGCUUACACCGAGUUUGAGGGCGACAUGGAUGGGGUAUAUGAGACUGUCAUGUUGAGCGAUGUCCUGGAAGACGACGAGAGGUUCAGGACUUGGAUCGAUGAAGCGAUUGAGAAAGGCGAAGUGGAGGAGUAUGAGAAGUAUACGAAGGAGACGAAGAAGAAGAGGGCUGCAAGGGUGAAAGCUGCGAGGGGCGAGGCGAAAGAGGCGGAGGAGUUGGCUAAGGAGUUGGGAGUUUAUGAUAAGCUUAAGGGUAACGGCAAGGGUGGUGCCAAGGGAGGCAAAGGCAAGAAAGAUAACGGCGAAGAUGCUCUGGCUGCGUUGAUACUGGCUAGGCAGCAGAGUAGGGGGAACAUGUUUGACAAAUUGGCGGAGAAGUAUGGGGCUAAGCCGAAGGCGACGAAGGGGAAGGGAGGCAAGAGGAAGGCGGAGGAGGACCUGGAGCCGCCCGAGAUUGAUGAGGAGGAGUUUCAGAGGAUACAGGCUGGGUUGGGGAAGGGCGGUUCUGGCUCUUCAAGUGGUGAUAGGGCGAAGAAGGGGAAAAAGAGGAAGGCUUAA